AUGAAUAACACAAACAAAUCGUUGCGACGAAUAAACAACGAAAUGCUGGAACUCCAGAGGAAUCCCAUUCCGGGUAUCAGUGCCGCGCCCUACCCGCCCGGUAACGACCCCUACCAAUGGGUGGGCAACAUCACGGGCCCGCCCGACACCCCGUACGCGGGCGGACUGUUUAUCAUGAAGAUCCAGUUCCCGCGUGACUACCCCUUCCACGCGCCGCACAUUGUCUUUCAGACCCGUGUCUAUCACCCGAACAUCAGUGACAAGGGAUGCAUAUGUCUGGACACACUUAAGCAGAACUGGAGCUCAGCCCUCACUAUAGGACAGGUGUUGCUCACUAUACAGCAACUGUUGGCCGAUCCCAACCCCCGCGACCCCCUCGCCUACGGGGUCGCCCAGGAGUACCUCAACAACAGACCGGUGUUUGAUCAGAAGGCCAGGGAGUAUACCCGAGAGUACGCCCGACCCCCUCCACCUGCUGCUCAAAAUAGUGGUAGUGGUGGCGGUAUUGGUGGCACUGGUAGUCAAUAG